AUGGCAAAUCCCAAAAUAAGAGCAAACCUCUUCGACUUCAUGGGCACAUCUGCGAAUCUACCUCCGGAAGAUAUCGAUCUCGCCCUACGAAGGGCGCUGGAUGGGAUGUUGGAGGAAGACAAAUGGGCGAAUUUGAAAGCUGGCUUUGAGGCCCUCCACGAUGCAAGAGAGAUUAAAGAGAAGGUUGUAAAGGCGUGGCACUCCAUGCCCGCCUGGCUAGAUGUCAAGCCCGCUAUUACCCGGCUCAAGGAGUUGGGGUAUGAAAUCUUUGUGCACGCUAAUGGGACAACGCGGCUACAAUUGGACUUGUGUCGUUCAUCGGGCCUCAGUUUCGAUAUGCUGUUUUCUAGUGAAUUAUUGGGGGUGUACAAGCCCGAUAGAGACAGUUAUGAGAAACUUUUGAGCCUCUUGAAGCUCAAGGGGGAGGAGUGUGUGCUUGUUGCGGCGCAUGCGUAUGAUACCCGUGGCGCGAGGGAAGUCGGGAUGAGGACUGUGUAUGUGAGGAGGUGGACGGAUGAUGUGUUGGAGGAUAUGGAUGUGGUUAAGGGGGAGAAUGAUGCUUUUUUGGAGGGGAUGGAAGGGUUGGGAGAUGUUAUUAGGGGGUUCUAA